AUGGCUGAUGUGCCUCCAUUCAAAAAUUGCUACAGGCUUCGACAUGUUGCAGAAGCAGACUCUAAGUCAUGCAUAAUAUGCUACAAACCCUCACCUACGGUGCUUAUCACCCUGAACGGUAAGGAUUGGUUCUAUGUGUGCAGUUCGCACUUGACUGACAAGAACUUCUGUUUAGUAAUAUAUCAAGACGACGAAGGAAGCGUGAAGGAUUCGGAACUGAUAGAUUUAAAAGCAGAGGAGACGAUACUUAUGAGGCGGUUGAAGCAUUUGGAGAGCCUUCAGGAAUCCAAGAACAGCCAGUUCAGUAAGAUCAAGGGAUAUUUAUGGGGAAAGAAGAAGGAGAAAGAAGAGAAAGAUGCAGAAAACAUCGACGACGACCUCAAGCCGUCCGACGUGAAAGCACCAGAAGAUGCCAAAAAUUUAACCCUUGAUCAAAUAAUGAAGAAGAUUCGAUCCCUUCGAACUGGAGAGAUCGCAGAAAUGAAAGAGAAGCUAGAAUCAUUUGAUAAGGCAUACAAAAAGUUUAAGUUGGAUACUGUCUUCUACCGAAAUCGUCUUCUUUCCGACUAUAGGAAGCAGAAACAGAGCAAAAUCCAAAAGAGCUUACAAGAGGGAACAUUAUUCCCGUCGGUGGAUAACCUCCCGGAGCUUUCGAAAAAAGAAUAG